AUGCAUGCAGACGCCGCUGUUGAUAUCCCCACGACAACGCAGAUGGCAUCACCGGCCAAAUGCAGGCACAUACCGUUAUCUGACAACAGAGAAAGGCAGCUAUGCCACUCGAUAGCCAAGCGAUGCCACGGUCCUGGGACAGCAGGGUUUUCUCAAGAAUCCAACGCUCGCUACAGUCCAGCGACCGUAAUUCCAACUGCCGUGUUGAAAGAUCCUGACAAUCGUAUGCACCUGAACUUUGUCAGAGGCAAGCUGGAGAACCUCCACAAGUUGGUGGAGAACGAGACCACUCAGUAUGAGCUCUCGACCCAUAUGCGUCCUGGGGCCGAUACCCAUCGUUACAUAUGUAGGUCAAUAGAGAAGAGUAGCGAGCUUGACCUUGAUCCGGAAGAUGUGUCCGAGCCGGUGGAAAGCUAA